GCGAGUUACCGUACUUGUGUUCCCGGAACUUCGACCCGCUGCAGCCUGCAGGUGACGUGGCUAGCUGUUGGGAAGUGAAGACGUGGCGGCCAUUUUGUCUUAUUUAGAAUCCGCUUGCAUCUUCUUGGGUUGUAUUGAUUAAAUGGUUGUGUUACUAAAUAUUUAACAAGAAUAUGAAGUUAGCUUUACUCUCAGUAGUUAUUUUAUCGAUAUGGACUUGUGUUAAAGGAGAUGAACACGAUCAUAAUGUAAGUUUAUUUAUCAAGCGACUUUAUACUUCUCCAGCAACUUCGCACAUUCAAGUGUUUAACACACUUAUUUACUUGAUAUGAAAUAAGAUUUUGCAUAUAGUUUUAAACAACGAAAAUAUCCAACCUUCCGUGAAGUUACAAAAAAUAUUUGGAUGUGUAGUUCAACUGGUUGUCUAUUGUGAAUUUGUGAUUGUACACAGUGCCCUAAACAGCAAGAUGUUCAGGAUGCUGUAAGGCUGUAUUAAUUUGUACUCGUUAUGUCGAUGGUUUAAAUAGUAGUGUUGGAUUGGUUUUAUUGUUAUACAAUCCAUAUAUCUGUGAUAAAAUAUAUAGGUGAUCAACUGUGGUAUUUUACCAGUGACAGUCCAGAGAAUUGUCAAUUUAGUAGACAUGGCAGUCUGGAAUGAUUUAUCAAGAAUAAACGAAAUUAUUAUUAUGAUUAUUUGAGGGUUAGGGAUAUUUGUGAAUAAGCGAGCUCAAAACUGCUGAACCUAUGGCUAUGUCCAUAAAUUGAUGUGGUUUUGAAAUACAUGUCGUUUUGAAAUACACGUCAAUUUUCCAUGCUUGGAGGGAUAUAAAGAAAUCAGUUGUCAAAAUUACUGAAACGUUUUAUUGGCUUUGUAAGGGAAGUUUCAAGUAAUAUAUUUAUGCUACCAAUAAGGUGUAACACAGUCUGUUACAAUUUGUGACAUUGCUUAUCAACCCCCAACCAGGGCAGGAAAAAAGAAUUGGGUCGUUCCAGAAAAGAUGUCCGGAGGGGGAGGGGAGACAAAAUUGUUUCUGAUAAUAAUAAUUUCUCUGUGGGGAGGGUAUGGAUGUUUUCUGGAAUGACCCAUUUUCUUCCUGGGAGAACAACUAGAGACAAAAAUUUCCUGCAGACCAACAGAGUAUUUCUGUGCUAAAUCUGCAUGUGCAUAAACAUAUAGGGUUCUAGCUGACCAUGGUUUUAAAUUUAAGGAAUAAUGUCUGUCUAGGCAUAAAAAAAAAUACUUGUGGUUCCGGUUCCCGACCGACCCUAUUUUUUUCUGCUGACCCUAUUAUUUUUUCAACGCGAUUGACCGUGUGACCCUAUUUUCUCCAGGUGGUUGCGGGCUGCUCAUACAGCGUGCCAAAAUGGUGUUUGUUGUCACACUAAUUAUUGAACCAAAUUGCCUAAAUUCGUCCAUAGGAAAUACACAUCUCUAGUUAAUAUUGAUGUCGGGACAAUACUGCAAAUCGCCUAGCAAAAAACCGCCAAAACCAUGAAAAAAUAUUAAAAAAAAUAAAUUAUUUCCGACCUACCGACCCUAAUUUUUUCACGAUAUGAAACCGGAACCACAGGUAUUUUUUGUUACGCCCUACCAUUAUAUGUUGUUGCGCCAUAGUGGGACAUGAGUGUUAAGGUUUCCUUCAAAUUUUCAAUAGCAAAUCUUCAUUCCAUUGAAUUUCCUGCAGCUGUUUAACAUUUCCUGCUCUCCUAUUUUUCCACCCCUGUCCCCAACAGCGCUACCCAGAUCUGGUUAGUUGAUUCUGAUUGGUUACGACUGAACAUAAUGGAUUCUGAUUGACUUUUAAAACAUAAAUAUCAACAAUGGUUUGACUUUGAGAACUGUCUCUCAGUAGCUCAGUUGGUUAGAGCGCUGCACCGGAAUCUCAGUGCCCCAGGUUUGAUUCCUGCCAGAGGGCCUAUAGUUGCAUUUUUUGGAACUGCUCCUGGUUAGGUCUAAUAAAUGUAUAAAAAUUCCACUCAAAAUUUCCAUCUACGAAAUUCCUUCAACAAUUGUGUAUAACUUGUUCUUUUGCUUGUCAAGUUAGAAAUUGUGUUCUACCAAGCAAGUGUUUCAAUUAAUAAUGCACAAAUAAUGAAUGUUUUUAUUCAUGCAAUGGUAAGAAUAUUUUCAUUCGGUGAAAGAUGGAAUGUUCCAUUCAACGAGGCGACAUAUAGACAGGGUUCGUAGCGGUCUUUGAAAUCCUUGAAAGUCUUUGAAUUUGAAUGCAGGUCUUUAAGGUCUUCGAAAAGUCUUUGAAUUGUGUGAAAAAGCGAAAAAAGUCUUUAAAAUUAAUUCUUUAGUGAGUAUUUGAUUAUACGAUUUCCUAUAGCUAAUAAAAUAGAUUGAUUGAAGAGCAAGGUUUUCGCAAAUAUCGACGAAAAGGUACAUUUUAAGAUGUGAUGUGGCGGGACUAAUCACUGGGCAAAAAUGGUGCUUACGCUCGCAAGUUUUCGACAGCUGAUUGCUCUCAAAGGUCUUUGAAAAGUCUUUGAAAAUAGGCAGAAAAAAUCUUUGAAAGUUUUGGUCUCGGAGACUACGAACCCUGAUAGACUAAUAUUAAAAGAUUUACUGUAAGCUCCCGCCAUUUUGACGAGUCGUAUUUGCAUUAAAUCCCAUUUACUGAGUUUCGAAUAUCGGGUUAAAAUAUACUGUAAUCACCAUACGAUAAGCAUUUUGACGGAUGCGAUUUAUCGAAAACACAAAGAGUGCAAUGGAAUAAAACGUAUAGUACAAUUGCACUUGCAAAGAGUGCAAUGGAACAUAUUCCAUUGCACUCUUGGGAAAUGGAAUUUUCUAUUCAAUAUCACAUGACCAUAUUUAAACAGCCAAUUAAACUAUCAGAAUUCAAUAAGGUAUUAUAUAAUAACCAAUGGACAACUGGGUCUUCGCAAUGGUUUGUAGAUUUACUUGGUAAUAUCUUGGGUAUAGUCAAUUGGUAAGCUGCAUGUAUAGGAAGAUAUCACCUAGGCUGGCUCUUCACAUUAACUGUACAUGUGUUUAUCUUGGACUUUUUGUUUAGUACCAAAAUCAAGAGGAGGUUGUCUUAUGGAUGAACACAGUUGGACCUUACCAUAAUCGCCAAGAAACAUACAAUUACUUUUCAUUGCCAUUUUGCAAAGGAGAAAAAACAACAAUUAGUCAUUACCAUGAAAGUCUUGCUGAUGCAAUACAAGGCGUUGAACUAGAAUUCAGUGGCUUGGAUAUUGCUUUCAAAGGUUUGACCUUCUAACAAAGCACCCUCUUUCUUCAUUGGACAGGAUUAGGAAUAGCUGAUCAAGAAUUGAAAAUUUUAAUAUUUUUUGGAAUUGAACGAUUUCUUAAAAUGUAUAUUGAUAAGAUAUGGAGUGUUUUUACUAUUUAUAAUUUCAUUUUUGUACUAAAAUGAUGUGUCAAUACCUUCAAAAUAGUUUUAAAAUUGGUGAAAAGAACAGCCCCGAUUUUUGUGUUGUGGACAGUAUUUCCACUUGUCAAGAUUCAAAUUUCCUAAAGUUCAAAAUCCUUUUUCCUCUCUAAUUCAAAUCUUAUAUAAAAAAUAAGAAAUAAAAACUUAAAUGUUAAACUCCCUGUUAUGAUUAUCAAUUACAUUAUUACAUAUUACAAUUAUUAAUUACAGUUUCUGAAAACUUUUUACUUUCUCACGUAGUGAAUAAGCCAAGUGCAAAAGUUUGUGAGAUGGAUGUGAAUGAAGAGAAUUUUCAAAGUUUAAAAUAUGCUGUGGAUAACCAUUAUUGGUAUCAGAUGUAUAUUGGUAUGUUUGGUGAUUAUUGUACUGUACUUUCAAUAUGUUUUUUGCAGUUAUAAUUGUAAUAGAAGAUUUCCCUUGUAUUUUUAGAUGAUUUGCCAAUUUGGGGUAAGUGUUACAUGUAUAGUACACAUUUGUUACAUGUACAGUACAUAUUUGUUAUAUUCAAUUGGACUUAUUUAUCAAAAUGGCAAUUUGGUAAAUUUUAUACAGUACAGUGGUCGACUGAUUUGCAAUUUAUUAGGAAAAUUUUGUAUCUUGACACUAUUGAUUAAGUAAUUGUACUCUUAACAAAUUGAUCACAAUGCAUUACUUUAAAUUUGUAAUUUAUGCAACUAAUUAUAAGAUUGAAAUGUUCAUGUGCACAGGUAUUGUUGGAGAAGUUGAUCAGAGUAAAGAUUAUUACAUCUGGACCCACAAGAAAUUUGAAAUUGGUUACAAUGACAAUCAGGUUUGUACUUUAGACAUACAAACUUCAUGUUGUAAUGGUUAUUAAACUAUUUUAACCCAAGUGGUGUUCUCUGAUUGCAAAAUUGUCAGGCAUUACUGUUAGAUAAAGUGACAUAAUGAAAAGGCAGUCCAAAAGUUGAGAUUAUGGCUAGAAAUAGGAAAACUAUGGCUGACAAACUAUUUUCUUUUUAACAGGUCAAAUAAAUUUGUCUGCAAUAUCUAUGUUUUGAACUGCCAAAACGUUCCACUCGGCAAUUGAAUUGAAUUGAAACAAUCAGUAGAAUUUAGCCUGCCAUUUUUUUUUUGACUUGGCAGCUAGUUCAGAAUUAUUUUCGCUUGUCAUAUUUCUGCUUUUGGCCAUUGGCUGGCCGCUAUUUUGAGCCUUGGUAUUGUACUGUUUAUAUUUAUUAGUAGUCUUGGUAUUUAGCUUUCUCUCUUUCCGAUGAAAUAUUUCACAUUGUAAAUAUGUCAAUAAAGUUUCAUAUAUGUAAAUAAAGUCAUUUGUGGUGCCAGCUUAAUCGAACUCACCCCAAAAAAGCGAUGUCAGGAACAAAUCUACCGUAGACUCGAGGUCCACUGUGUGCCAAUAGCCUUUCUAACCAUGACGAAAACUUCCAGGGAGUGUACCCCCACUAUUGAGAAUUUUAUUGUUCUUAUUUGCUCAGAGUUACCUAAACUUGCUAAAUAGAGGUGACAAACACUGGCCUCAAUCAAACCGGAAAUAUCACGGUCGCGAUCGCGUGUGCGCGCCUUGACUACUCGAGACGCGCCUUUUAACGCGCGCCUCGUGUGUUUUAAGAGUACGAAAUUGCGCGUCUGUUUUUUUUAUUCUAAAUGAAUUUUUGCCGGAAUAUUUAAAAUCCUCGCCAUUUAGACUAGUUAUAAAAGAAUGACUGAUUUAAUGCUGAUCAAAGGAAAUGAUAACUGCUGGUCGGGCAUAUUAAGGAGAAUCUUCAACGUUCAUUAGAAUUUUACAAGGAGAAAAGACGCAAAGUCAAACUCGACAGCAACACCGUGGAUAAAGAAACGUUGUUAAAAAAGCGUAGAAUUGAGAACGACGCCAUUGACGACAACGAUGAUUCGUUAAGCUAGUCGGAAAGCGAUGUUUAGAUUUUUAUUGAUGUUUAAAGUACGAUGACUUUGAAAAUAUCGUAAAUACACGUAUUCACUGGUACAAACAUUUUAUAUAGUACCUAUACUAAUUUCGUCUAAAAUCUAAUGUUAAAAUUGUUUUGUUCUACAUAAAUUUUCAAUCAAUUUUGUGAAUGUUCUUGUCUGUAUAGCCAAUAAGCGUAAUUUUUACCGCUUUUUUAAUCGCGUGCCUGGCGUUAAUAUGGCGCGCGCCUGCUCAAAUACUUACAGCCAGGCCUGUCGCUCAUCUCUCUACUUGACGACAUCUGCACAGCCAAUGAUACCAUAAUGUACUGUAGUUCACCUGGCAAUGUCAGAUCUUCCAAGCCGAACCGUCCGGCAAAAUUAUAUCCCCUCUGUAACAGCAACCGUGUUUCAAGUGAAUACACUUUUGUCCCAGUUCAAAACCGAAACUGAAAGUAUGUGUAAAAAGCCAGGUAGAUUGCCGCAAUCUUGGAUGAUAUCUCCAAGUCUGAGUACAGAUCCAACGUGGCGAUCCAACACGUUUGACCAAACCUGAAGACCGCGAGCUCAUUUUCAGUCAAGAAGUGUACCGCAGUCCCAUACGUAAAUAGAUAUGUUUUCCCCAUCACCCAGUGCGUAUAACAAUCAACAGUGGAGUUACGGAUAACAUAUUGUAAUCCGUCAUAUUGACUAUUCAGCGUCAAUUCCCUUUCAGUUCCCAGUCAAUCCACCAAGCAGAAUGCAGAUGGUUCAUUCACUUCUUCGCGUCUUUGGCGAGACACGUUUGUCAUUUCACCGUGAUGUCGAGGAGAUCAUCUUCGAGGCAGGGCCGCCGAGAGGUUGGCGGGGGCCCGGGGCAAAAUUUUUUGGGGGGCCCGGCGCCAAAAAAUUUUCGGUCAGUGUACCAUUUUAGGGGUAAAAAAAUUUUUUCAGGAGUAAAAAAAUUUUCCGGACGAGUACGUUCCAAUUGCUUUACAGGGACUUUAUCUCAUUUUUUUAUGCCAAAUUUCGGUACUUAGCCCAAGAAAACAGAUAUCUUGUCCUUUGCGCGGAAAUAUUUAACACACAAAAAAGACUGGGGCCCAACAAAAAUUUUUCAGUGGCCCCCAGCACCUUGGGGCCCGGGGCAAUUUGCCCCCCUUCUCUGCGGCCCUGUUUCGAGGGCCUGGCCAUCGACGAUCUUAACGUAGUUGCAUUAACAAGUGCGCCCUUUAUAGAAACCAACCACAUUGCAUUGCGUGAUGGAUGUCAGCGGCCUUCCAACAACAAGCAUAGCAACACGUUGUGCACUUGUACUCCGGGUUUCUAGCUCCCCCAUCUACGACGGUGUGAUGUUGAGAGUUUAAAAUUGAGAUCGAACUCCCAAGUGAUACCUUGGAACCUCUUUGUUACCACAGCCCGCCAGUUGCCUCUUGAACUUCAGGCGGAGUUUGACGAACUUGAACCACAUGCGUUUUAAACGUCCAGAAAAUGUUAAUGAUUUUCAUAAAGGAACCCCUCGUAAAGAAACCAACUGGAAAGUCUGGUCUCAAGUCGACUUCAUAUUGUCCAAAGAAACGCCUAACUGCAACUGAUUUGACGAGCGCCUUUUAACGAAUUCCACGUGCACAUGAUUCCAUUUGAAGUAUUUCGGGACUGCCACACCAUUUCUUGGUAUAAGAUAGUACAUGCAGUCUGGAAUGUAUGCCAGGAGCCGGUUGUUCAAAGGUCGGUUAGCGCUAACCCAGGGUUAAAAUUUAACCCGCUGUUUUAGUUUGCAUAUUUCUGCAUGUCUAUUUAUUUUAAAAUGUCAGAAAUGAAAACUCCUAUUUAUCCAGACAUGAUUUGUGAACAAAUAUUUCCAAACUUAAAAAGAAGCUGUUAGGAAGGCUUCGUACUUUGAAUUUUAAGUUAACCUAGGGUUAAGCUAAUCGGCUUUUGAACAACCAGCCCCAGGUUCCGAAACUGCACUCGGCGAACUCGUGUGCCCAAUGUUUUGCCACCUGUUAGAAGAGGUUAUCGUUGCCAAAAUCGCGGGCAACGUAUACCGCGAAGGGAACGCCACACAAAAACGUCUACACACAUGGAUGAAAAUUUUACAAACCAUGCACAAGUCUGACCAACCCUCUCCACACGAAAGACGUGAUCAACCAACAGUGGCUCAGUCUAAAAGAAUAUUAGAAUGGAUAUGGAACUCUGGUACGAUAAGAGAAGCUCUCUUCACUUGUACUGCUCACACCAUCAUGUUACUGAAACGGUGAAACUCGAAGACCAGAUGUGGAGAGUGACUAAUGGAGCAUUCCUUUAAGCCGGUUUUCUACUAGCGAAUUUUUUCGUGCGAAGCGACCUUUUUCCUUUGUCGGUAUCACUUAUUACGUCAGCAAGACGUGGCAAAAUGGAUGCCGACAAAGGAAAAAGGUCGCCGUAUGGUCAGCCGUCAUAAGAAUUGACCAUUAUGGAGUGACUAUAUGGACUGAGCAUAGCGCCUGGAUUUAUUUCCUUUGCAGAUGAUCAACUUCUCAAACAUCACAGAGAUAGACAAUGUUAAGAAUUCCAAUUAAAAAAAAAAGAUUGGCAGAGAGAGAGAGAGAGCAGUACAUUACGUGAUCAGCGAACUACUCCGUCACGAUCCAAAUGGUGGCCCAGAAUUCUCCGCUUGCCGUAGCGACGACGACAGCCAAUCUAAACGCGCGUAUUCGCUCACGAGGUCUUUCCGCCAGCGAAAUGUAAACGCCGCAUGGCCCGCAUCCUUCUUUCUUUAUAACGUCCGUAGUUUUUGCUCAUGACUGUUUUUUAUUCCUUUUCCCGUACUGGAUUAAGCUCAAGUUUACAAUUAACCUCACCUCAAACAAAACCAAGAAUGGAUGACGAACCUCUCCCACGGUGAGAAAUCAAGAAGCACCCGUCGCAUUUAUUCUGAUCACAAGACUACAGCCAUUGUCGUCGAACUAAGCUGUGCCUUUUGCAACGCCCAAAAAUGUGUUGGAUUUCAUCAGAACUCGCAAGCUCUCAUCAUCCUUCUGCAAUGAACAAUGAAGAUGCAACAGUCAACCCACUCGCACCAAUCCAUGCAGCCAUACUACCGCAAGCUCCACCAACCAUGCCUAGCGUGAUUUCUCAGAAGCUUCCAUCCACUCAAGAAGUUUCACACUGUAACCAGGUCAAUGUCAGUAACAACGAGCAGGGCAAUACCGAAAAUCCCCACAUACUGGGAAUUAUUCAACCUUCCCUCCGUUACCGUCCCUUCCGAACGUUACACGGGGUUUGCGGUAUCACAAUACCAAUAAGAACAUGCACCUGCCAGUUACUGAAACUGACGGUGAUUAUAACGUAUUGCCCGCCUUCACUCGCGUAAACAUUUUUAAUUGUAAGAAAAAUAAAGUCAUUUCCAUUCUUUGAUUGUGUGUUUUACCGACUGCUUUCUACCUAACUGGCUAUGAAUCAUGUAAUUUUAGUGAUUUGGAAAUAUAUUAUAAAAACAUAUUUUGAUGUUUUUAGAUAGUCGAUGUGAACUUGACCAGUGAGACAAAAGCCAAACUUACGGUUGGGAGUAAAAUGAUGUUUACUUACGAGGUUCGUACUGGUACACUUAAUGCUACUCAUAUAUACCAAGAUGACUGUGUAAUGUAUUUUUCUUACAUGUAAACUACGUGAAGCGUUCCUCUUUUGCGUUUCUAAAUUGAUUGUAAUUUUUCUCAUUACCUUUGCAAUUUAGAAAACUCCCUUGCAAAUCACUUGAGGGAAUUUGCAAUGUUGCUAAAAGCCGAAUAAAUUUUCCUCAGUUCCUGUUAGAAGUUCUUCACUUCCCGUUACAAGUUCCUAACUUCCUGUUCUGUUCUGCGUUGCAAUUGGCUAACAAAAAUAAUCCACCAAUGACAACGCUCAGAACAGAACAGGAAGUCAGGAAAUUAAAACAGGAAGUUAGGAAAAUUUAAAAAUGUUUCUUUCAUUGGAAUAUUGCAACAGCUGAUAGGAACAUUGCAAAUUCCCUCAAGGGAUUUGCAAAGAGUUUUUCAAAUUUGCAAAGCUAAUGAGGAAAAUUCCAAAUGAGUUAGGAAGUCAAAAGAGGAACGCUUCACGUAGUUUACCUGUAAUUAAUGCGCCAUUUUAUUUAACAAUUUUAUAUAUUUUACACAUGAACAAGCCAAUUGCCCAAUUCUAUACAUGGUUGUAUUUGUGACAUUAAUACUGCGUACAUUUAAGACAGGUUCCAUUCAGCCAUAACUGUUGUGACAAAGUCAUGUUCGACGAUGUGAAAUAUAGACAUUGAAGGUGGACUUGAAUGACUUAGAUUCUUGCACUUCACUUGGUGGAAUUAAUAUUAGACCCUAACAACUUGGUGGAAUUAAUAUUAAACCCUAACAUCCUAAUAGACAUUGAAGGAACUAGAAUGAGUUCCAAAAUAUCACCUACUCGAACCGACUUGACCUCGUAGCUCAGUUGGUAGAGCGUUGAACUACCAAGCUAAAUGUCGCGGGUUCGAUUUCCACCGCGGGCAAGUUACUUUUCAGCUUGCCCGGAGAGGACACUCUCAGAGUAAGACAACAGCAACACUUGAGUUCAACACCACAACCAGCAGAUGUGAAAUAUACACCAGUAUGUAGUCUGGAUGCAUAAUUUGCAUUUUUAUGUGUGUUGUACUGGCCCGUACAGUACAUGUAUCCAAAUCUGUCUCGUAUUAUAUCGACUACCUUGACAUGUCCACGACAGUUGCGACUAAAUAGAAACUCAGACUUAAGAGCACACAACAUUCACAUUGUGUUUGAGAUAACCAUAAAAGUAAUGUACAGCUUCAGUUCAUUUUCAUUAAAUUGUUCAUUCUUCAAUACCAGGUGACAUGGAAGCCUUCGACUACUCUUUUCAGCAAGCGAUAUGACAAGUACCUUGAUCCAAAUUUCUUUCAACACAGAGUAAGAUAAAGUUUACUUCAUUGUAUUUAAUCACUAAAGGUUUUAAUAAGGCACUAGGAAUGGUAUUAGUAUGUAUUUUCUAAAUGGGUAGUUUACCAAACGUUGUAAUUUGCUCUGGUUUUGAAUAUUUAUGUGUUUUUAGAUCCAUUGGUUUUCAAUCUUUAAUUCAUUUAUGAUGGUUAUCUUCCUGGUUGGUUUAGUCAGUAUGAUCUUAAUGCGUACUUUGAGAAAAGAUUACGCUCGAUACAGUAAAGAAGAUGAUUUAGAUGAUAUGGUACGUAACUGUGAUGUUAGUCUAUCUGGCAUUUUGUAAUUUAGUCCCAUGCAUGAUCUGGUGUACAAUUGGUGUUUACCAGAUCAGAUGGUGUAUAAAUUAGCGUGAGGCGGUUUCUACAAAAAACCGAAAACUGACCAAACCCCCCCCCCCCCCAAAAAAGUGAACUGGGUUUUUAUAAAAAUACGUUCGAAAAUCGAAACUACGGUAAAAAAAGACACAACACGCUACUCAGUACUCACGCAAGAUAUAAAACGUAAGGUAUUUUGAAGACGUUAUCAAAUUUCAAACAAAAUCUCUUUACGUUUUCGUGUGUACAGUGUAAAUGCCAAAACUUGAUUCAUUUGCAACAAACUCGUAUAAGUAUGGUUCGAUUUUAGUAAAAUACCGAUUUUUCCUCGUUUUUUUCGGUUUUUCUCCAAAAGUAACAUCGAGUAUUUCGGUUUUCAAAAAACAUCGGUUUUUUCGGUUUACCGAAUGUAUAAAUAAACAUUCCAUUGCUUUACCAGACCAUAGAAGUCAAUAAUAUCCAUGCAUGAUACGUUUCCUGUCCAAUUUCGUGUUGAAGAACACCAUGGAUAUACUAUAUGAUAACAUGAAGUAUCUUUGUAUCAUAUGUCUCCUGGAAAGUGUACUUUAGCGGCAAUGGUUUGGAGCAAGUGCACUUUAUUGGACCCCCUGUGUAAAUAACGUCUUCGUGUACUCGUUAACGCCCCGUUGUCAGAUGAAUUCGGAACCGUCUCGUGAUUAAUCCAGUUCCGUGUGAACAUGUGGAACCGGACGAAUUUUUAAGUUCAGUUCCAAUUUCAUCCAACCCCGUGGGAAAUCCGAAAUGCGUACAUUCUAAUUGUAUUCACAUAUACUAUCUAUUAUGAUGCAUUUCACAGUAAAAACAAAGCAGUACUGGUAGGGACAAUGUGCCAUUAUCAGGGUGUUAGCUACAGUCAAAAAUUCCGCGUUAAACGCGGUUUUCCCAAUUACCUUGAGGUCGCAAUUUCCCAAUUUGGGUCAGCCAAAAAAUAGCAUAAAAAUUGAAUUAUUUUUUUCACAAGAUCUGACAAUAAACCAGUACCGUAUCUUGCCGUCCAUCUUGCCGUCGCCCAAAAAAAAUUUUUCCGAGAAAAAAUUUUAAAAUAAAUUUCCCAAUUUCAGGUAAACGCGGAUUUUUUUUUACUUCUGGCUAACGCCCUGAUUAUGUUGUUUGUUGAGUAGACUGCAUGUAUUUCUUCAACAGGAACGUGAUUUGGGAGAUGAAUAUGGUUGGAAACAAGUGCAUGGUGAUGUUUUCCGUUCAGCAUCCUACCCAUUAUUGUUCUCCUCUCUGGUUGGCUCUGGUUAUCAACUGGCUGUUGUUGGAUUUCUUGUCAUCGUUAUGUCUAUCAUUGGUGAUCUUUACACAGAGUAUGUAACCAUUUCACACUAUUUGUCUCUGAUGACAUGUUCCUUGGUUCGACACAGACUCAGGCCUUAAAUUAUCGGUCGGUCACGGACAUUGUCCGACUCAUUCGUGAAAUUGUCCGACGUAUAGAGGAAACUAGGGAUGAGCCGAUAAGGAAAAUUGCCGAUUACUGAGGCCGAUUAUUUAUAAGCCGAUUAUUGUAACUAAUCGGCCGAUUAAUCGAUACCCACCGAUUAUUUUAAAAAGCAAGCGAAAAAUCACAAGAUGACCAACAAUGAAGUUGUAAAUGCGGUUUUAUUGUUUACAAUACACACUUUGUAUAAUUAAAAACAGCUUCAGUCUCGCAUGUCAAUAGUCAAAGUUUAGUUUUGGCAGAUUAUGGUGUAAAAACAAGACAUUGUCAGCCAUGCGGAGCUAGUCUGCUGCGUUUUUUUAGUGGAAAUGUUCCCAGCUUCACUUUGCUUGAGACAAAAGACACAGGUUGUAUUCAGUAUUUUAGCAUGUGAUUGGCAGCUGCAGAAAAAGUCUUAUGGCCGAUUAUCAGGCAAUAAUCGGCCGAUUACCGAUUAUUUAGAAAACGGCCGAUUAUUUACCAAUUAAUCGGGUCAUCCCUAGAGGAAACCACCGGACAUUCUGUCCGACCAAAGUGAAACUGAGGUUUAUUGUUUGUCCGACCUGAGUGUAUUGGUGUCAGACCGAACUGUAGCUUUGUCCGACGUAAAUCAAAAUGUACCCUAACCCAGGGCUAGAGGGUUGUAUGUUAAAUGGAAAAUCAGAGUACUGUUGUAUAAAAGGUGAACUGCAUGGAAAUGUUGUUUUAACGUAGUCGAGCGCGGGCUUGGAAAUAAGUAUGAAAGAAACAAAUUAUUUACUAUUUUUACAAUAUUUACUGUUUAGAAUUAAUACAUUGUGCUGAUAUUCAUUUGUGUCAUUCAGACUUAUUUCCGAGUCAAAACUGAACUGAAGGUCAUCGGACAUAUGUCCGACCCAAACUCGACGUCAUCGGACAUUUUGUCAGACGGCCCUCUGUAAAAGAUAUUUUAAGGCCUGCACAGAAAAUUGUCGCAUUAACGUCAUACUGAAUCGAGCAUUUAUGCGAUUAACUGGCCAGAAUCUCGAAGGUACAGGCCAACUCCAAAAAUCGUGUGGGUGUAGUGAAGGUACAUGUACUGGCUGGAGUAACUGGUCUGGAGUUACUGCACGGCUGGCAACUCGAAAAUCCGUGACUAUACCUCCACAACUUUUUUCUAAUCCUUAUUUUUUCUUACAGACGUGGAUCGAUAUUGACGACCUCCAUAUUUGUUUAUGCCGCCACAGCUCCGGUGAAUGGAUACUUUGGAGGAUCAUUAUAUUCCAGGCAAAGUGGUAGGAAUUUACUACGAAUGAUACCAAUGUGUGUUGAUGACGAAACUUUUGCUUCGUUUUCCAUUCAUGAUAUUUUUGCCACUAAUCUCAUGGACUAUGAGAUCAGUGACUACAGCGCCCAUAUUUUUAACGCCCAUCAAUGAGUCUGCAGACUCUAAACGUUUAGCGUACAGAUAUUGAUAGCUUUGAAUUUUUACUUUCUAUUCUCGUUAAACAAAAAGUACCUUUCAUUGUCUAAAUAAUCAUCUAAUUCACCUUUAACAUUCCAUCCUUGAAAACGAAAUUACUGUAGAACAGUCUCAUUGCACCGAAAAUUCCAAAUACCAGUGUCUUUUAUGAAGCAAGUACAAAGUGUACAGAAUUAGCCUUUCUCACGCCGCCAUUUUUGGGUGGCAUUUCAGCCGAAGUCUGCGAGAAAAGUCCACAUAACAGCCCACAUAAUUUUUUGGACGAAAAGUCCACAUAAUUUUUUGGACGAAUGAUGUUAAAUUUGCUUUGUAAAUAGUUAGUUUAUUUUCAAAAUUAGGUUCUUUUAAUUGUCUGCAUUGGUUAAUGAGAAUUAGAUGCCAUCCAAAAAUGGCGGAUGUUCGUCAUCGUGAGAAAGGCUAUAAUUGGAAAAAAACAUUGGGGCCGGUUGUAUAAAAAAGUGUGGAAAAGUUGUGGAAAAGUUAAGCAAUCGGAAUCGUGCAUUUUAUAGUGAACUACGAAACGGGCUGUUAUUAUAAAACGUAGUUUCGUGUUUUAUAUGCAACAGGCCCCUGGAGUGUAAAUUACAUGCCAUUAUUAAAAGUGAAGUCUAAACUACUGUGGAUACUUUAUUUAGCUCUUUAUACUUGAAUGAAUAUUUUUAGGUAAAGGAUGGAUAAAACAAAUGCUUUUCAGUACUGCAUUAUUCCCUUCAAUGAUUUGUGGAACAGCGUUCUUGAUAAAUUUUGUUGCUAUUUAUUACCGUGCAUCAAGGGCGAUUCCUUUCACGUCCAUGGUAAGUAAAUGUUAUUGGAAUUUCAAUUUGUUUCCUCUGUAUUAGGAUCUUAGUAAAAUGUGGUUGUAUUAUCGAAGUUUUUUUGUACUGUAGAAGUUAGGGGGCUAGUAUUCCAACUUUAGGUCGUAGGUUCGAUUCCCACCGUGGCCAGGCAUAUUUUUCAAGCCUGCCCGGUGUGGAUAUACACUCCGAGUAACAUCACAAGCAUCACUGUAGAAGUUAGUUAAUAUUAAUUGUAUGUUUUAUCUAGCUCUCGGUCGCAGCUAUAUGUUUGUUUGUUAUUCUUCCGUUAAAUCUUGUUGGUACUGUCCUGGGUCGUAACAUGGCUGGUACACCUGAUUAUCCAUGCCGGAUAAACACCGUGCCGCGGCCAAUUCCCGAGAAGAAAUGGU